CAGAGGCAUUUUUCUAUUUCUCAGGGAACAUAUGGCUCCUUGGGAUUGACCUGGCCUUUGAAGGAAGCUUGUCUCCGGGGUGUGGGGACUGUACCUAGACCUCAAGACUUCUGGGAGCAAUUCCGAGAGGGGAGAAAAGGUGUGGCUUGUACCAGGCUGGGCAGAAAAUCCGAGGGCUGAGAGCCAUCUUGUCUGGGCGGAUCUGACUCCGGACUACAUUUCCCAGAGAACCCGGCAGGCGUAGGGCCGACCUUUCACUCGCCUGCAGGACCCUCGGCCUCCGGGGAAGGGGAAGUGCAAGCUCUGCUUUUCUCAGAGAGGUCCCCAGAGGAGGAGGAGGAAUGGCUGUUGACCAAGCCAAAUGCAAGGGAUCAGUGAUGUUCAGUGAUGUGUCUAUAGACUUCUCUCAAGAGGAGUGGGAAUUCCUGGAGCCUGCUCAGAGGGACUUGUACAGAGAUGUGAUGUUGGAAAACUAUAGCAAUCUCAUGUCAUUGGGACUUUAUAUUCCUAAGCCUCAAGUUAUCUCCUUAUUGGAACAAAGGAAAGAGCCCUGGAUGGUUGGCAGAGAGCUGACUAGAGGCCUGUGUUCAGGUCUUUGCCUAAAUUGGGAAGGAAGAGGUGGCAGAGAAGAAGAGAUUUGCUAUAAAGGAGGAGAACCAGAAGAAUUCUUAUGGAACACUACUGUAUACGAGAAUCUGGAAUCAAUGUGUGAAACCAAGUUGUUAUCGCUAAAGAAGGAAGUAUAUGAAAUAGAAUCAUGCCAGAGGGAGAUAAUGGGACUUACAAAGCAUGGCCUCGAAUACUCCAGUUUUAGAGAUGUUUUGGAAUAUAGAAACCACUUUGAAAGACAACUGGGAUAUCAAAAUGGGCAUUUCAGCCAAGAAAUAUUCACUCAUGAAUACAUGCCCACAUUUAUUCAACAGACAUUCUUUACUCUACAUCAAAUAAUUAACAGCGAAGAGAAACCCUAUGAAUGUAAGAAAUGUGGAAAGGUCUUUAGUCAGAAUUCACAAUUUCUUCAACAUCAGAGAAUUCAUAUUGGUGAAAAAUCUUAUGAAUGUAAGGAGUGUGGGAAAUUCUUUAGUUGUGGCUCACAUGUUACUCGGCAUCUGAAAAUUCAUACUGGUGAAAAACCCUUUGAAUGUAAAGAAUGUGGAAAGGCCUUCAGUUGUAGCUCAUACCUUUCUCAACAUCAGAGAAUUCAUACUGGUAAGAAACCCUAUGAAUGUAAGGAAUGUGGGAAGGCCUUUAGUUAUUGCUCAAAUCUUAUUGACCAUCAGAGAAUUCACACUGGUGAAAAACCCUAUGAAUGUAAAGUAUGUGGGAAAGCCUUUACUAAGAGCUCACAACUUUUUCAACAUGUGAGAAUACAUACAGGUGAGAAACCCUAUGAAUGUAAGGAAUGUGGGAAGGCUUUUACUCAGAGCUCAAAGCUUGUACAGCAUCAGAGAAUUCACACGGGUGAGAAACCCUAUGAGUGCAAAGAAUGUGGCAAAGCCUUUAGUAGUGGUUCAGCACUUACUAAUCAUCAGAGAAUUCACACUGGGGAGAAACCCUAUGAUUGUAAGGAAUGUGGGAAGGCUUUUACUCAGAGCUCACAACUUCGUCAACAUCAGAGAAUUCAUGCUGGUGAGAAACCUUUUGAAUGUCUCGAAUGUGGGAAGGCCUUUACUCAGAACUCACAGCUUUUUCAACAUCAGAGAAUUCAUACAGAUGAAAAACCAUAUGAAUGUAAUGAAUGUGGAAAGGCCUUUAAUAAAUGCUCAAACCUUACUCGACAUCUCAGAAUUCAUACUGGUGAAAAGCCCUAUAACUGUAAGGAAUGUGGAAAGGCAUUUAGUAGUGGCUCGGAUCUCAUUCGUCAUCAGGGAAUUCAUACUGAUGAAUAUUGUAGGCAGCGGCAGGAGGCACCUGUCAGGUUUCGUGUUUGCAUGCCCAGCCCUCGCAAGCGGCUGUUUCGCGGUGAGACUCGGAGCUCACCUGUGCUGGCCUCGCCACGCCCCCAUCGCUCCUUGGGGAGGAGCUUGGAGAGCGCCCCGGCCCGCGCAGGGGCUUCUGGGAGAUGUGGUCCCGCCGCCGGGCCUCCGCGCCUGCCUACUCCCAGACACCACCAGCUGGGCCUUCUGGGUCCGCGGGCGCGGGUGGGUCGGGCUGAUUCCGUGGAACAUCGGCUGGUGAAGGCCCCCUGGCGGCCUCCAUGCUCAAGACCUCCGGGCCUAGAGAGAGAGAUUCCCCCAACAGAGCCACUGGGGCUGAGGGGUUCCCCUCCUAAUAGGGAGGGCAAGAUGUGGGACCAUGUAGAAGCUGGAGUGACCUCAAAGACUAAGGAGAAAGCACUUCCUUCUGAGGGCCCUGCCCUACUUCAGGAAGAGGAAGAAAUGCCCAAAUUACAGGAGCUGGUGACAUUCCAGGAUGUGGCUGUGGACUUUACCCAGGAGGAGUGGGAGCAUCUGGAUCCCUCUCAGAAGCACCUAUACAGAGAAGUGAUGUUGGAGAACUAUGGGAAUCUCAUCUCCUUGGCAGGACAUCUGCUGUCCAAAUCAGAAAUGAUUUUCCAUUUUGAACAAGAUGAUGAUGUGUGGAUGGAGGAAAAAAUAUCAAGAAGCUCCUAUUCAGGAGACAAGCCUUACCAAUGCAUGGAGUGUUCUGGAGUCUUCAACUCGGGAUCUGCUCUGAGAAGGCAUGAGAAGGACCACAUGGGAAGGAAACCUCACACAUGUGAGGAAUGUGGGAAGGACUUCAGCCGGAGCUCCAACCUGUCCAUCCAUCGGCGAGUACACACAGGCGAGAAGCCCUACAGAUGUGGUGUGUGUGGAAAAGACUUCAGCCGCAGCUCCAACCUCUCUAUCCACCAGCGCAUCCACACAGGUGAGAAACCCUUCAGGUGUCGUGACUGUGGCAAGGACUUCAGCCGCAGGGCAGCCCUGCAGAUCCACCAGAGUGUCCACACAGGAAGAAAGCCCCAUGCCUGUGAGAUAUGUGACCGGGGCUUCACCUCACGCUCUGCGCUGGCACGACAUCAGCAGGACCAUGCAGGAGACAAGGCCUAUGUAUGUGACACAUGUGGUCGGGGCUUCAGCCAGAGAGCCAACCUCUACCUGCACCAGCGUGUUCACACUGGGGAGAGGCCAUUCCGGUGUGAGGCCUGUGGGAAGUGCUUCAGCUGGAGCAAGGACCUGGGUAUCCACCAGAGGGUCCACACAGGAGAGCAGCCUUACACGUGUGUGGCUUGUGGGAGGGACUUCAGGCAUCGCUCAGCCCUCAAGAGGCACCAGAGGGUUCACACAGGGGAGAAGCCUUACCCCUGUGCUGUGUGUGGGAAAGGCUUCAGUCAGAGAGUCCACCUGCAGAUGCACCAGAAGGUGCACUGUAGGGAGAGGCUUCCAGGAUUGGGCUCUGCACAUGCAGAUGCCUUCCAUGGCCAGGGCGAAUGGCAGGGCAUGGGUGCUGAGAUGCACAACAUGGAUCAGGCUUAAUAAUAUAUAGCAUUUGUUAGUAUUUGUACAGAAAAAAGAGGACAGAUCAACAGCACUUAGAUGGAGAAAUAAAACAUUUUCAGCCCUCCUGAAAGAUCUCUGCAUGCUCAUUUCUACUCACUGCCCCACAAAGGGAAUCACUAUCCUGACUUCUAAAACCAUAGAUUGAUUUUGCAAGUUCUAGAAUUUCAUAUAAGUGGAAUUAUACAAUAUGUAAUCUUUCAUAUAGGACUUUAUUCACCCAAUGUCUUCACCCAUGUUGUUGCAUAUAUUCAUAGGUUCAUUCAUUUUAUUACUGAAUGGUAUUCCAUUGUAUGAAUGAACCACAGUUUGUCCAUCGGUUACCUGUCAAUGGACAUUUACAUUUGGGUUAUUUCCAGGUUUUCCAGGUUUUCAUCAUUAUGAAUAAAGCUGCUGUGAGCAUUUGGGUACACAUCUUUGUGUGGACAUAUACUUUAAUUUCUUUUGGGUAUAUACUUAGUAGAAUUGAUGGGUAUUUUUAAACUUUUAAAAACUGGGCUUAAUAUUAUCUUGUUCAUUGGAUUUUUACAUGUACUUGGAAAAUUUUAAAUACAGAAAUAGAACAGUGUAACAAACACUUAUGACCCCAUCAUCUAGUGUCAGUCAUCAAUUCAUGAUGAAUUUUGUUUCCUCUAUUCCACCCUGCUCCCUCACACACAGUCCUGAAGUAUUUUAAAGCAAAUCCUAGGCUAGGAUAUUGUGUCAUCUUUAUAUAGUAUAUGUUCAGAAAAUUGAGAUUUGUUUAAAAUGUUUUUCCAAAGAAUCAGUCUGUUUAAAAAAAUUUUUUAGGUAA